CCCUCUCGCUGUCGACAAUCAAUCGCGAUCCCGUCGCGCAUCCGCCAAUAUGUCGCUCGUGUCCGGCGAGAAGACGAACUUCCAGUACAUUCUGCGUCUGCUCAACACCAAUGUUGACGGCAAGCAGAAGGUUAUGUACGCCCUGACCCAGAUCAAGGGUGUCGGCCGCCGCUACUCCAACUUGGUCUGCAAGAAGGCUGAUGUUGACCUCAACAAGCGCGCCGGUGAGCUUACCACCGAAGAGCUCGAGCGUGUCGUCACCAUCCUCCAGAACCCUACCCAGUACAAGAUCCCCACCUGGUUCCUGAACAGACAGCGCGACAUCACCGAUGGCAAGGAUAGCCAGGUCAUCUCCAACGGCUUGGACAGCAAGAUGCGUGAGGACCUUGAGCGCCUUAAGAAGAUCCGCUCUCACCGUGGUCUCCGUCACUACUGGGGUCUCCGUGUUCGCGGUCAGCACACCAAGACCACCGGUCGUCGUGGACGCACCGUUGGUGUCAGCAAGAAGAAGGGCUAAACUAUACGAGAGGGACACUACUGCGUUUUUUCCUUCUUGCUUGUUGGUGUGUUUUAACGAAUUCUCGUGGGACCUGCGCAUGAUCUGGUGUUAAAUACAAAAAUUGGCACGGGUCUGAAAAUGAAACAAUCAUACCAAUAUGACAUGAAUCAUAAAAUCUUAUUUCUCGUUCGAACGAUAUACUAUCUGGACUUGGAUUACUACUGUGAUUCAGACUAAUUCCCACAUUCUCCCCCUUCGUCUACCGGAGCCUACAUGAUGCAUAUAAUUGGCCUGGCGUAAAAGUCGGAUACCAAUGUAUCAGAUAUUAGAGUAGAAUUUGUACAGGUG